AUGUUGAAAAAAGUAAUUAAUUCUAAUCGGAUAGGAAAUUUGAAUGAAAUAGUUUACCCAAAAAAAAUUCCUACCCCUAAGUUUAAUUUUGCAUUCUCAACAUUACAGACGGUCAUGUAUCAGCGUUCGAAGAAAAAAUGCAAUUAUUGUUAUAAAAAAAAACCUGAAAAAUCGUUUGAUAAAUUUACGACUAACGAUAAAAUGAUUCAAAUUGCCUUUUCAAUGUAUCCCAGCAAGAUUUUUAGCCAUAAAAAUUGCAUAAAAUCAACUAUAAAAACACCCAAAUCCAUGGGAUGGCAAUGGUCAGUUAAAGAAACCGGUGGCGUUAAGAUAAAUCGAAAUUGGAGACCUGGUGCUAUACGUUUUGAUGUAGCUGAAAUUAUAAAGAAGGUUCGAGCAGGGACUAUUGGACCAUUGCCCGGGAGAAAUUGGAAUAAAAUAAAAUAA